AUGGUUGCAGUGGAACUAUGGGAUUUGUAUUUGGCAGAAAAGGGUGAAACUGGUGUUGAUGAAGACUUCCGGGGAUUCCGUUCGAGAAUCGAAGAUGUCAGGGAAGAAAUUCUUAGAAAGAGAAGGGCUGGAAAGUUACCUGGUGAUACUACUUCAGUGUUGAAAAACUGGUGGAAGCAACAUGCAAAAUGGCCUUACCCUACUGAAGAUGAUAAAGCAAAACUAGUGGAAGAAAUAGGUUUGCAGCUAAAGCAGAUUAACAAUUGGUUUAUCAACCAAAGAAAGCGUAACUGGCAUAGUAAUUCUCAGUCGAUAACAUCGUUAAAGUCUAAGCGCAAAAGGUAUACGAUCGAGGAAACGUUAAUCAUCAAGAAAAAAGAAGAAGAAACAUACUUACAUUACAAAAGAUAGUAGUUGUUCUGUAAAUUUAACCGUAGUUUGGUUCGUCGUGGGACUGUUAGGAAAGUGGAUUCAGGGAAGUGAAAAACAUGGGAGGAAGUAAGU